UUUGAAAUAUCUACUUCCGGUGACCGUCGGGAAAUUCUUCGGGAAAUAAAAAUAAAAGUGUACGGUGUCCCGCAAACCCAGAGCUUGUUGUCUUCAAUUAUCUGGCUAUCUCUUGACGACUUAAAAUUCACUCUGGACCGAUUUAAUGGACAGUUAAGGGGUACCAGUGCACGCCAAGAUACCACAGGAAUGGAUAUCACGAGUCGCUGCACCCUGGGUGACCCCAACAAGCUCCCAGAGGGCGUACCCCAGCCCGCCAGGAUGCCCUACAUCUCGGACAAGCAUCCUCGACAGACCCUGGAGGUCAUCAACCUGCUUCGCAAGCACCGGGAGUUGUGCGACGUGGUUUUGGUGGUGGGAGCCAAGAAGAUUUACGCGCACCGGGUGAUCCUGUCGGCCUGCAGCCCUUAUUUCAGAGCCAUGUUUACUGGCGAGCUGGCAGAGAGCAGGCAGACGGAGGUCGUCAUUCGGGAUAUCGAUGAACGUGCCAUGGAGUUGCUCAUCGAUUUUGCGUACACCUCGCAGGUGACAGUGGAGGAGGGUAAUGUCCAGACGUUGUUGCCCGCUGCGUGCCUCUUGCAGCUGGCAGAGAUUCAAGAAGCCUGCUGUGAGUUCCUGAAGCGGCAACUGGACCCCUCCAACUGCCUGGGCAUCAGGGCUUUUGCCGACACUCACUCCUGCAGAGAGCUGCUACGAAUAGCUGAUAAAUUUACCCAGCAUAACUUUCAGGAGGUGAUGGAGAGCGAAGAGUUCAUGCUUUUACCAGCUAACCAACUGAUAGACAUUAUCUCCAGCGAUGAGCUCAAUGUUCGGAGUGAAGAGCAGGUGUUCAACGCUGUCAUGGCUUGGGUCAAAUACAGCAUCCAAGAACGCAGGCCUCAGCUGCCACAGGUGCUGCAGCAUGUGCGUCUCCCUCUUUUGAGCCCAAAGUUUCUGGUUGGAACCGUGGGUUCAGAUCCUUUAAUCAAAAGUGAUGAAGAGUGCAGGGACUUAGUGGAUGAAGCCAAGAACUAUCUCCUGCUACCCCAAGAGCGCCCACUAAUGCAGGGACCUCGAACCCGACCCAGAAAGCCCAUUCGUUGUGGAGAAGUACUAUUUGCUGUGGGUGGUUGGUGUAGCGGCGAUGCCAUUUCAAGUGUUGAGCGUUACGACCCCCAAACCAACGAGUGGAGGAUGGUGGCGUCCAUGAGCACGCGCUGUGGAGUUGGUGUUAGCGUUCUGGAUGAUCUUUUGUAUGCUGUUGGCGGACAUGAUGGCUCAUCUUAUCUUAACAGUGUGGAGAGGUAUGACCCUAAGACUAACCAGUGGAGCAGUGACGUGGCCCCUACCAGCACCUGCAGAACCAGUGUGGGUGUUGCUGUACUAGGCGGGUACCUGUAUGCGGUAGGAGGUCAGGAUGGUGUCUCCUGCCUAAAUAUUGUAGAACGGUAUGAUCCAAAAGAGAAUAAGUGGACUCGUGUUGCUUCAAUGAGCACUAGACGGUUGGGUGUGGCUGUUGCCGUACUGGGAGGUUUUCUUUACGCAGUAGGAGGUUCAGAUGGCACCUCUCCUCUAAAUACAGUGGAGCGUUACAAUCCUCAAGAGAACCGCUGGCAUACGGUGGCACCCAUGGGCACCCGACGGAAACACCUGGGCUGUGCCGUGUACCAGGACAUGAUCUACUCUGUGGGCGGCAGAGACGACACCACAGAACUGAGCAGCGCCGAGCGAUACAAUCCUAGAACCAAUCAGUGGUCCCCCGUGGUUGCCAUGACGUCCAGAAGGAGUGGGGUUGGUUUAGCAGUAGUAAAUGGCCAGCUGAUGGCAGUCGGAGGAUUUGACGGUACCACGUACCUGAAAACUAUAGAAGUUUAUGACCCCGAUGCCAACACCUGGAGGCUCUACGGUGGCAUGAACUACAGGAGGUUGGGUGGUGGAGUCGGCGUAAUAAAAAUGACUCACUGUGAAUCACAUAUAUGGUAACGCCGUCAGCAUCCAUGCCUCACCAUAGCUUGUGCCUCACAGAGACAUUGUGCAUCACGAGAGAGUUAAAGACUGAUUUCCGUCUCCGGUUACUGAGAUGGCAUAAGCCAAGGAACACAAUUUCUUGAAGCUGCUCUGAGGAGACUCAUCUGUACAGCCAUAGACCAUUACUUAUUUUUAAAAAUUCUGGUUUCUCUUUCAUACUUGAGCAUAGCCAAAGGCAACUUCGUAUUGGAGAGAGAAGAAAAACAAGAAUUCAUUUAGUACGCGACAACACCACGUGGAGGCUAAACUAAACAUUUGUUGCCCUGGAGGGAACUAAGUUUUCUGGGCUGUUUGACUGCAUUGAAGAAUAACUACAGAAACGCAAAACACAUUACUGGGAAGUGGUGUGAACGCUGCUUGUUCCUAUGUACAAGCAUUGCCUGAUUGAUGUUCUGGUUGUAUUGGAUGCACUGUGAUAGCUUUACCGUUUCCUUCAUUGAGUUGUACACUGCGCAUUGUCUGUUCCUCGGCAUUCUUACCAGAUGCAAGCGGAUUAGUUGAUCCUACAUUUUUUCUUCUCCUGUACUAAAAAUGCAGUUGCUCCCGUCUAAUGAAGGCUGUGCGAAAGUAAUAAGUUAUUUUAAAACGGAUUUGAUCAAUUUGUUUACUUUUAUAAAUGCAUCAAUGAAUCAGUCCAUGCACUUUAAUCCACAAUAUUUUCUUGGUAAUAUUGUUGGAUAUGUUGUUUUAUGCAUUUUGUUUGUUUAUUGUUUAUGACCCAAGGUAUAAACGGUUUGGUUUGUCUUAAUCUAAAAUUGAGCUUAAAGGAAAACACCACCGUUUUUUCAAUAUUUUACUAUGUUCUUAUCUCAACUUAGCCGAAUUAAUACAUCCCUAUCUUUUUUCAAAGCGUGCACUUAGUUUUUGUACAGCGCGUCGUGACUGUGUUAGCAUUUAGCCUAGCCCCAUUCAUUCCAUAGGAUCCAAACAUGGAUGAAUUUAGAAGCCACCAAACACUUCCAUGUUUUCCCUAUUUAAAGACUAUUACAUGAGUAGUUUCACAUUUUGUAUGGCGGAAGAGCACUUAGUUUGCAGCACUUCGACCUCGGGCGCAGUAAUAUUGACGAGCAAGAGGCAGAGUAGUCAGGAGUGAUGAUGUUACUGCACGCUGAGGUCGAAGUGCUGCAAACUAAGUGCUCUUCCAAUAUAGUUCUCAUUUUUACUCACGUUUUAUUUUGUGCCACCAUACUUGCUCGUGUAACUACUCAUGUAACAGUCUUGAAAUAGGGAAAAUAUUAAAGUGUUUGGUGGCUUCUAAAUUCAUCCCUGUUUGGAUCCUAAGGAAUGAAUGGGGCUAGGCUAAAUGCUAACACAUUCACGACGUGCUGUACAAAGAUUAAGUGUACUCAUUGAAAAAAGAUAGGUUUGUAUUAAUUUGUCUGAGUUAAGGUAAGAAAAUAGUAAAAUAUUGAAAAGCGGUGGUGUUUUCCUUUAAACAAAGGGGUUGCUGUUGUGGCCUGCACAGAUGACAGAAACUAAAAGUUGGGAUUGUUACAGAAAGUUAUAUGAAUAUUUUAGAAGUGGGAAAUUGUCCCUUUUUGUCAAUUGUAAAAUUUUUUAUUGGACAACAUUAUUAUUAAAGAAUCCAAGUUAUGUAUUUUCCCACUGGACAGUACAAUAGUGUUGAAAUACACAUGGUUAUAUGAUCCUACACUAUUUAAUUUUAAAGAUCUUUACCAACUGUCUAUACAUUUCAAAACAUUGAGAUAAAAUAAAAUGAGAAAAUAA